ACGAGCUGGCAGAGAGUGAGCCUCACCCCACGGCACAGCAGAAAUUUGAAGAGGAUUUUAACGACGAAAGACAACGACACACUGACCACGCCGAGGUGGAGGGAAGAUCACUCUCAGUGCAGACGCCCGUAAGUCAAGACUUUACGGUCUCUGAAGGGCUACACAACUUUCUCCAGCAAGCAGACGUACAGCAAGAAGAGGAAAACAUUGAAGACCUAGACCAGGGAAAUCAUGUGGAUUUAGCUGGAGAAGCUAUGGAAGUAGAAGUUGAAAAUAUAGAGAAUCCCGGUCUGGACCUUCCUAGCUCAGUCAAGAUCAGACAUACAGACAGUGCUGAGGACAGCUGUACUAUAGUCCAGAAGUACCCAGGAUUCAACAGCAUUCUGGGAGAUAGUGAAGCAGAGGAGAAUCAAGAUUUUAACAAACUGAAGGAGAAUCACGUAGCAGACACUCUAGAUAGGAGUGAGAACCUGUGCCCUCAAACACCACACUCCAGUGAGAGUGAUUUCGGUGCUGCAGGGUUUGAAGCAGAUACAAACCGAAGCCACAUUCCUGACUCUGGUCAUAACAGUGAAUCUUUGGUCGAGAUUCAAAAUCACAGUGCUUGCAUAGAGGAUGCAGAAGACCAUGCUUGCCCACCAACUAAAAGAAAGAAGACAGGGGAUGGCGUCUUUGAAGAUGUCAGGGAAGAAAGCAGGUCUGAUUCUCCUUCAUGCCCCAGCCUCACGAACACCACUGCUCCUUGCAAGAUGCACAGUAGUGACACGCAAUGUUUAAUGUCUGAAUUGGUGUCUGAGGACAUCAUUAACUCUGCGCCUCCAUCUCUUUCACAACAUGACAAGUGCCAAAGCCCCACCAACUUCCCCAAUAUUGUGCACCACAUAGAGAUCAAGGUGAGCUCUGACAGUGAGCUUAGUGUGGACAGCACCGGUGCGGGCCUUGGUGCCAAACGGGAACAGGAACGUACAGUUUCUCCAACCGGUGAGGCGUCCGCCAGCGUCUCACCCCAAGCACCUCCAGUUGUCAACACCAUUAGCAAAGGGAUCUCAGCCAACAUCAGCAUCCUGCCUGUGCAGAGACCGGAGUCGACUGACCUGAGAGAAGAGCACAACCACAAAGAUGCGAACAGACCCAGCGAAGCUUCCCUAAACAACACCGCCAGCCUUUCCCAGAAGGACACCCACCCAGAGCCUGCGCUAGGCUCCUGCGGUGCCAUCCCUGAACUGUUGAUCUCCGAGUGGAAGGACCUGGAGGAGGAGCCCUUGGAGGAUUUUGAGAAACUGGAGCAGCUGUGCUGCAUCUCUGGAGAUGAGGAUACCCUCGGAGAUCUCUUUCUGGGGAACCUGGAGCUGCUGGAGUCUCUGAAAAAGACCCCAGAGCAAAGACUGAAAAGCAGGAGUGAGAGUGAUAAUGAGGACAUGAGCUGCUCUGAGGCAGAAAAGGCAUCAGAAGAAGAAGAUGAUUCCGGAAGACUAGAAAGGAAAAAGGAUGUUGACUGUUUGUCAGACACUUUACGAGCCAAUUCUGAGCAGCGUCUUUCCCCUGACAUUAACAGAAAGACUCUUCAGAGUACAUCAAACCACUCACCAAGUCAUGGUGGUGAGGGAGCAAAGGGCCAACGGUCACUGUCAACAAUGGCCACAAAGAAUGGCCUCAUGAUGCAGGUGUGUGAGGAGAGGUUACAGUACUCACUCAGUGAGAACGUUCAAACCAACGUCCUUUGGGGCCCCCCCAUGAUCAGCGACAGUGUCGUUCUAAAAGCGUGGACUGAUACCGCUGUUAACGAGCAGGGAGUGGAGGAGAACAACAGCACUGCAGACAAACAAACCACCAAGAGCAAAGAGAAGCCUGAGGCGCUCGAUGCAUCUUUCCUGGAGACGGAGGAUGCUGAAGCCCCAUUGGAGCCACUGACUGUUCUUGAGCAGCCUGAGAUGACUCCCUGCCCACCGGCCGCAAACCAGGCAAUGAAAGCUAAACUGGCUCGUCUCUCCCUCUCCCUGCCUCCACUCGCUCUCUCCCUCCCUCUCUCCCCCAAUCCUAAGGUAGGCUUUUGGGAAGGGGGGGAAAGCAGAGACAGAGGUGGGAGACGGAGGGGGUUACCAAUAGGAGGUGAUCCUGACGAAGACGAGGAAGAGGAGGAGCAGUAUGAUGAGACGCCCAGAAGAGUGAUUGUUGUCACAGAGACCGACGUUGAUAAGAGAGUGGGGUUGAGGAGUUUACUGAAGUCGCCACGAGAACCGGUAGACAAGGAGAACAGGGAAAGGGGAAGGAACGUGUCCUUUUUUGAUGAUGUCACAGUCUACCUCUUUGAUCAGGAAACUCCAACCAAUGAGCUGGGGUCAUGCUCCACUCCCACCAGUCCAUCAGCACCUGGAAAGCCAUUUGGUACAGGCAAGAUGAGCAAGAGCAGAGACCAUUCCACAAAAGCCAGAUCUCCCACCGGCUCCUCCCGCGUGACGUCAUCGCGUUUCACCGUUAGCCCUGCUGACGAUCCUCACUUAGUCUGAUUACAUAGUCUCUCAUGUAAGCACCGAGCUGUCAGUCAAUAGUGGAGGGGUCCUAAGUUAUUCAACACUAAACUCCUAGCGCCUCUACUGAUGCCACUACUCUGUUCUUUUUUAAAUGAGGCAGCAGAAAGACUCCUGUUGCUGAGACUGCAAGCAUCCAAGGAUUUACUGUCGGCAGGAUUUUUGACGUUUGUUGAUAUGUCUCAAUAUCCUUCAACGCCAUGUUUGAGGAACAUAUAGACAGAGAUGAAUGACCAUAUGUGUCAGUAACUCACAUUGCUGAAGAGUCUGGAGUUGGCCCAUUCUCUAAUAGUCUAACAGCUAUGCAAUGGGAGUCCUCUCGUGUACCAGCUUGUAUUUUUGAGCAUCUAACCUUUGUAUUUUAAGGCACUUUCUUUCCCCUAUUACGUGUGAGCUUGAAUUAAUCUAACUUGCAUUUGUAAAUUUGUUCUCAUGGCAGUCGGUCAUCUGUGUUGGCUUCAGCUGGAAGGGAACAUGACUAUUAAAAGUGCAGUACUCUCUGAUCAUUUGUAUAAAUUAAUGAUAGUGACUCUUACAGGUGUAUACAACCUCAUUUUAGAGCUAUUUAUUUUAGAUGAAUUCUUAGAAUGCACGCAAAGAUUAAACAUGGAUUCAUGAGUUUUAUUUGUUUAUUUAUUUAUCUGGUCAUUAAUUUAUUACUGAAUUAAUUUAUUUACAAUUUAAUUGUUUGUUUGUUUGUUUGUUUGUUUGUUUUGGUUGACUUACUCCUAAGGAUUGCAUAAUGAUGUAGAAUCACAUUAUUUUUGAGAUAUUGCAUUUGCCAAUUAAGACCUUUUUUGGUCUAUGAAUUCUCUUCAACAAAAGUACAGUAAAAUAUUUCCCCAUAUCUUUUCAAUGCUUUCACAUGUUUUACAUUAGUUGUAGCCUUUUGUAGAUGUCAGCUGUCGCUAUGUACAGUAUGUGUUUUAUUGUGUGUUUACCAUUUAUUUUUUAGUAAUGCUAUACAUUUUCUUUGCCAUAUUUUUUCAAGUAAUGUAGCUUAGCAUGACAAAAAAUGAAAUUUGCAAAUAUGAAUAUAAGUUUACUAAUCUACUCCUUCAUUUUGUACACCUCUCCAUCUAGUAGUUUAGUUACAGCAUAUGUUGAGUCUGUUUCAGCGUCAGUUUGAUAUUGUAUUGUUUGAAUAACAAAUCUCACGACACUGUAUAAAGCUGGGGAAAUAAAAACAACAUGAAAACUGUGAAACAUUUAUGGAUCUGUUUGAUGACAAUAAA